UCAGACACCUUGUUUAAAAAAAUGGGCAACUGAUCUGAACAGAUACCUCACCCAAGAAGACAUACAGGUGGCAAAUAAAUAUAUGAAAAGUUCUCAUCAUUAAAUGUCAUUAGGGACCUGCAAACUAAAACCCCAAUGAGAUACUAUCACACACUUAUACAAUGGCUAAAAUUCAAAACACUGAAAGAACCAAAUGCUGACAAGGAUGUGCAGCAAUGAGAACUAUUAGUCAUUGCUGGUGGAAAUGCAAAAUGGUACAGACACUUCAGGAGACAGCUGGGCAGUGUCUAAUAAAACUAAAAUAUGUUUACUAUGUUAUCUAGUAGUUGUGCUCCUUGGCAUUUGCCAAAUGAAUUAAAAAUAUAUCUCCACACAAAAAUCUGCACAUGGAUGUUUAUAGCAGUUUUAUUCUUCAUUGUCAAAAAUUAGAAAUCACCAAGAUGUUCUUCAAUAGAUAAAUGAAUAAACAACGUGGUAAACCUGUACAAUGAAUGUUAUUUAGUGUUAAAAAGAAAUGAACUAUCAAGACUUGAAAAGACAAGGAGAAACUUUAUACAUAUUAGUAAGUUAAAGCUUAAAAGGCUACAUACUGUAUGAUUCCAAACACAUGACAUUCUGGAAAAGGCAAAACUAUGCCGACACAGCAAAGAUUAUUUGUUGCUAGGACUCACAAGGAAGACAGGGUGAAGAGGUAGAGCACAGAGCGUUUUAAGGUCAGUAAAGCUGUUUUAUAUGGUACUACAAUAGUAGAUACAUGUCAUUAUGCUUUAGUCAAAUCCCAUAGAAUGUACAACACAAAAAUGAACCCCACAUAACCUAUGAGCUUUAGAUGAUGAUGAUGUAUCAAUGUUGGUUCAUUGAUUGUAACCUAUGAGAGUUCUUAAUUGUGAGAGAGGCUGUGUAUGGGUGCAGGGAAAGACGCAUGUGGUAAUUAUACACUUUCCACUUAGUGUUGCUGGAAACCCCAAACUGCUGUUAAGAAACACAUUUUUCUAAAACCUACUCUAACCCACCAUUCUAGUCAAGCUGAGGUUUGUAUUACUCAGUAACUGUGGAGGGCUUAAUGUUGAUACUCCCCUGAUCAUUUGGACUGAGAUGUGAAUUCUAUGAGAUGGGAUAUGACAUGUCACUGAACCAGGAAUUGAAAAACUGGGAUUCUAAGUCUUAUACUGAGGCAUUGUGAUACUGUCUCAUUGAGUCAAUAAUUGCUCAUUUCUAAAAAACAAAGCAAAUCCUGUUUAGAAUAGUUGAUCUCAGAGAUCCCUUAUGUCUUCAAAUUAUCUAUAAUUCUUUCAUUCUGUACACUGAAAGGUCUAAGGAGAAGCCUCAGCUCAACAGAAGAGAGGAGGAGCAGAACUGGGACACCUAGCUCUCAAGGAAUGAAAUGAUUAUUCUAAAGAGAGCAACUAAGCUUAUUUUACCCAAAAUAAGGUAGCAUAUUUCUGUUAGAGUUCAGAGUUACAUGAGUCAGGGACCAAGUUUUUGCUUUUCUUUGCUCUGUAUAAAGGGUUCUCCAAGGCCUUUGACUUAUCCAAGUACUAAAGGUUAUAAAACCAAACUCUUCUGACCCCCAAUCUAGUCAAUUUGGGCUGUAAUUAUUAAUGAAAUUAAUGUUUAUUUUGAGAAUCAUUUACUAGACUGAAUCAUAAAAUACUGAACCUUAGUACACAAUCAGUAAAUAUCUGUGGACUCAAUUGAACUGAAUGUUUUGCUUGGAAUGAAACCUUCAAGAUGCAGGGCUUAUGGGUUCUAGUCUCAGCUCUAGCAGCAGCAGACACCAUGUUCUUGGCUACAGUACUGAAUCUUCAAGGCUCAGCCUCCUCAUUCCUGAAAUGGGUCAAUUUUAUUGUAACCAAAGGCAAUUGAGAGAUUCUCAAGGGACAUGAGGUGUGAGAAUUCUCUGUAAAUUUUUAGAAUCCCUGUUAAAAAUGACCAGUAAAACAUUGUGCAAUUGUGUCUUAACAUAACUUAAUUUUUCUUAAUAAGAGAACCGGAAAUAACCUCACUAGGGAAUUUAGAAUAAAUAUGAUGAUAUCUUCAAAGAAAAUGGCUUUGCAUAAGUAUUGUCAUCCGUGAUCUAGUAAAGUGUAUCUUUCUAGUUGUAUUUAGGCCCUCAACUCAAAAUGUCAGUUCCCAUUAAGGUCUACACAUUGAGGUGGUUUUGUGCUAUGAGUCCAUUUAGUGAUUUCCCUACCUCCCACCCUCUAUUAGAUUCACAGCUGUUCUGUCCAUAAUUUCCUAUGCUUGCUUUGCUUUAUUACAUUAUUUUUGAAAAUGAGAGACCAAAAACAAUAGAAAGCAGCCGUGUCUGGAGGUGACUGGGAGGUCAAGAAGCCUUAGUUUCUCAAGCCCUUAGCACCAAAUUCUCUGAGAUCAGUGGUUCCCUCAGUUACACUGAGCGUUUCACCUCCGCAGUGAUGGAGAAGGGAAAACUCUUAUUUUUUCUCAUGAGCUGGGGCUGUUUUGCUUAGAUAAAUAAGGGGUUCUGUUUAAUGUGAAUCCUGUUUUAUGAACAGAAUCAAUGUGGUAUAUAUUCAGAAUGACUAAUGUUUGGAAGUUUGUUAUGUUUUAGCAAACAAUUUUUUUUUUUUCGAAUUUGGGUCUUCUGUUCUGAAGGCAUCUCUAGAAGUAAGAGAUAAUGCACCAUGAUGGGCAUCAGAAGACCUCAGCUCAAAUCCCAGUUCUGCCAGCUAUGAGCUGUGUGGCACUAACAGGUGUCCUGUUCUCCCAGGGUCUCCCUUUUCCUAUUUGAAAAAUAAAAAAUAACAAUUCCUGCUUUCAUGUGUAUUUUCAGGGGGUUUAAUGGUAAGGGUAUUCAUAUCUGCUAAGCUAAUUUACUUGAUAUAUGUUUGGUUAUUUAAGAUAUAUGAGUUAUAUUAGCUAUUUCAUGUUUAGGCUGCUGUAUUUUUAGUAGGCUAUAUUAAAUAGACGAUUUCAUUAUAAAGGAAAAAGUCUCCUAAUCUUUGAUAUAGCAUUGACAUACUUUCAAAAUAUACAAGGCAUAGAAUACAUCAAUUUCCCUCAAAAUCAUAAAUUCCCAACUGGUUAUUAAUCUAAGGAUUCAGAAUUUUGAGUAAUUGUUUUUGCAUCAGAUUAUUUACUUCAGUGCUCUCAAUUAUGAUAGUGCAUUGGAACCACUUGGGUUAACCUUUUUUUUUUUAAUUACCAAUACCUAGGCUCCAAAGUGGGCACUGGAAUGAAGGAGAACAAGACCAAAGGACAUUUUAUUUUUAUCUUUAUCAGUGGCUCAAAGUCCUUUCAGAAGGAGCAUAUAGUGGACCUAGGUGAUUGGUAACUUUAUACGUCAAAAAGGCACACACUGAAUUAGCAUGGAGUGUUAUAAAAGGCUUGGAGCGCAAGCUCACCGUUGUCUUAACAAGAAGAGAAGGCUUCAAUGGAUUCUCUUGUGGUCCUUGUGCUCUGUCUCUCCUGUUUGCUUCUCCUUUCACUCUGGAGACAGAGAUCUGGGAGAGGAAAACUCCCUCCUGGCCCCACUCCUCUCCCAGUGAUUGGAAAUAUCCUACAGAUAGAUAUUAAGGACGUCAGCAAAUCCUUAACCAAUCUCUCAAAAGUCUAUGGCCCUGUGUUCACUCUGUAUUUUGGCCUGGAACGCAUGGUGGUGCUGCAUGGAUACGAAGCGGUGAAGGAAGCCCUGAUUGAUCUUGGAGAGGAGUUUUCCGGAAGAGGACAUUUUCCAUUGGCUGACAGAGCUAACAGAGGAUUUGGGAUUAUUUUCAGCAAUGGAAAGCGAUGGAAGGAGAUCCGGCGUUUCUCCCUCAUGACGCUGCGGAAUUUUGGCAUGGGGAAGAGGAGCAUUGAGGAUCGUGUUCAAGAGGAAGCCCGCUGCCUUGUGGAGGAGUUGAGAAAAACCAAGGGUGGGUGAACCUGCUCUGUAUCACUGACCUUACUGGACUGCUGUCCCCUCUACUGACAUUCUUGGAAACAUUUCAGGGGUGGCCAGAUCUUUUAUUAUGAGUCCUGGUUGUUAGCUCAUGUGAAGCGGGGUUUGAGGCUGAGAGCCAAGGGAAUUUGCACAUAUUUGUGCUGUGUGUGUACAGGUAUGAUUGUGCAUACAGUGUGGGUAUAAAAGGUUCAUUUAAUCCUAUGUUCUCCUGAACUUUGCUUCUUUGUUUUCAAAUAAGAAAUCGUCAAUAUAGGUUUUGAGUUCAUUUUUUGAAAGAGUUAAAGAGCAGUGUUUUUCCCAUUACCUAUUCCAGAUCAUGUCACCAGAGAAUACUUGGCAAGUAGACAUAGUGGGAAUGACCCUAUCACACCCCUAGGGAGCAUGAACCAAAUGGCAUGUGCUUUUAUUGUGUUUAUAAUUGGACUAUGUUUCUAUGGUCAGCCUCACUGACUUGUCUGGGGUUUCUUUUAGGCCCAUGCUUGCCGUUCUGGCCAGUAAUGACAUUCUACAGUUUGUAUUGCUUAGGCAUAUCUUAUUGCAGUUCUCAUCAAUUUUUAUUUCUCUGUAAACAGAGCAUUAUUUAAAAAAUAGUGUUACUUCUUGUUACUCUAUUGAUUUAUGUAUUUUGAGUAAACAUAUGCUGUAGCAUAAUUCUGUGAAAUACACAAAUGUCAAUUUAUAAAAUGAUUUAUUUACCUACAUUUUAAUUAUUAGUAAUAACCCUGUAAUCUGUAUUCCUUAAGUACAAUUUGGCUCCAUUUCAGUUUUGGUUAUCUUUUCCCAACCAUAUUUAUGAAAUUUUGGCUUCGAAACUUAUGGUAAUUAUUAUUUUCCACUGCUAACUCUGCUCACGUAUGAAGCUUUACA